AAUUCUUUUAGUAAGGCUGUGGAGUGUGUUUGUGUGCGCGUGCGUGUGUUUAUAAAGUUGUGUUGUUGAGGAAGGGGUGAAAUGAAAGGGGGUUCAGCUGCUCUUCGUCAGCCGGUGUUAAUAUUUUGUAGCCGACGCUCAGUGGAAACUCUAGACUUUACCUCGACUUCACCUUCAGCAUAAACUUGGUUGUGAGUUAUGACAUCAGAGGUAGAAGAUGUCUACACCAUGCCUGACCUUCUGUUCAUUCAGGAGAGCGAGGAAGCGUACAGAAAUCCCACUGAGGUGAAGAUGAGUCAGAUUGUGCUGCCCUGCCAUGCCAACCACUGUGGGGAGCUGAGUGUUGGACAGCUGCUGAAGUGGAUGGACUCCACAGCCUGUUUAUCUGCUGAGAGACACACAGGUUGUUCCUGUAUAACUGCCUCUGUGGACGACAUCCAUUUUGAACACACCAUAGGGGUGGGAAAUGUUGUCAACAUCAUUGCAAAGGUCAACAGAGCCUUCACAUCCAGUAUGGAGGUGGGCAUAAUAGUGACCUGUGAAGACCUUUACACCGACAGGCAGUGGAAGGUUUGCCAUGCCUUCGCCACCUUUGUUGCUAGACGAACAGAAGCUGGAAAGGUACAGCUGAAGCAGGCAGUUCCUCGAACACAAAUGGAGCAGAUGGAGUACAGCCUGGCAGCAGAGCGGAGGAGGAUGAGGCUCAUCCACGCUGAGAUCAUUACAGAUCUACUGAGCAGCAGCACAGCUCAAUUGGGAGAAUGCCAGGAGUAUCAGGAAGCUGUGCCAGCGGAGCGGACAAGAGUGGAGAGUGUAGAGCUGGUGUUACCCCCACAUGCCAAUCACCAAGUCAGCACUUUUGGGGGCCAGAUCAUGGCCUGGAUGGAGAAUGUAGCUACGAUUGCAGCAAGUCGCUUGUGUAAUGCACACCCAACUUUGAGGACCAUAGACAUGUUCCAUUUUCGUGGCCCGUCUCACAUUGGUGACCGACUGGUACUGAAAGCCAUAGUUAAUAAUGCUUUCAAGCACAGCAUGGAGGUGGGAGUAUGUGCUGAGGCCUACCAGGGCGGAGAACCUCUGCGCCAUAUAAAUAGUGCUUUUAUGACCUUUGAGGUGCUGGACAGUGACAGGAAACCACGCACGCUGCCACGGAUACGACCUGAGCCUGUGGAUGGAAAAAGGCGUUAUCAAGAAGCCAUCGCAAGAAAGAAGAUUCGGCUUGAUAGGAAAUACAUUAUCUCCUGCAAGCAAACUGAAGUGCCCUUGUCUGUACCCUGGGAUUCAAGUAACCAGAUGUACUUGAGCUACAACAAUGUAUCAGCACUGAAACUAAUGGAUACCAGAAACAACUGGGUAUUAACCUCUGAGAAAAAUAAGGUUAGAUUGUACACACUGGAGGAAAACCACAUGCUAUGUUUCAAGGUGGAGAUGCACGUCAGUGUCGCAGCAGAGCAGACUUUCCACCUUCUGUCAGACCUGAGGAGGAGAAAAGAGUGGGACCGACAUUAUGAGGAGUGUGAGGUGAUCAUCCAGGCGGACGAGGAGGACACCCUUUAUCGUGUCGCCACACCCUCUGUCAGUAAAGGGCGCAAAGGCCAGGACUUUAUAUUACUGGCAUCUCGGAGGAAGCCGUGCGAUGCCAGAGACCCAUAUCUGAUCGCUCUGCGCUCUGUCACUCUGCCCACUCACCCUCCCACUGAGGACUACACCAGGGGAGAGGUGCUCUGUGCUGGCUUCACAAUCUGGGAGGAGUCCAGCUCUGUCACCAAGAUCACCUACUACAACCAGGCCACACCGGGUGUCCUCCCCUACAUCUCCACAGACAUCGCUGGCCUCUCGUCCAGCUUUUACAGCGCCUUCUCCGCCUGUAGCCACUUUCUGGAGGCCAACAAGGACAGCCCGGCCGCUCUGCCGCCCUCUGCACUGCGACACAACAGUGAUACCACAGUCUCCCUACAAGAGGAACAGUAGCAUUAGUGCCACUCUGAGAUUACAAACGUCUUGGCUAUGGAUUUGUAGUUUCUGUUGUAUUUUUUAACUUGCUGAUUUUUUUCUUGAGCAAGACUAAUAUCAAGAGUGCACAAUGUCUCUGAGUCUCUCUUGAAUCUAAAUCCUCUCAAGUUUUAUAGUCAAGUCAAUAUAUUAUGGAAAACCUUCUGUGCAAAACUAAUUUUUUGGUCAAUGAAUCAUAUUUUGGUGCAUAGUUUUAUGUAUUUAACACAACCUCACCAAUCUAUUAUCUUGUUUUAAAUGACUUGUUCAGGCACAAAAUAAUGAGGAUAAAUCCAGUCUAAGCAGAUGAAUAAAUGUUUGGAUCAGCUUCUUUUGUUGUCAUUUUCUACCUCCUUGAAAAAAGUUUUUAGGCUAUUUGAUUAAACAUUAAAAUAAAAGUAAGUUAAGAUGUUCAUACAUUUAGUGUGUAAUGAUUCUGUUUUCUUUUGAAACACCGAUGUGUAGUUGUAGAGCAGUGUACUUCCACUGAUUGUAUAAUAUGUGGACAUUCAAUGGCCAAGUAUCUGACAUGACAAGCUGUCUUGAUUUAACUGAAACAAUAAACGCAUUAGACCAGUGGA